GUCAGGGCAGCGAGAAGCGAGCGGACGGCGGCGAGUGCGCGGAGCGGGCGGGAGGGGCCGUUGCGCAGCCGGGACCCGCGGCUCGCAGAGCUUCCCAAGGCCGGCCGGAGCAGCCUGGGGCCGGGCCGGGACAGCCCGGGACCGUCUGGGGCAGCAUGGGGCCGGUCCGCAGCGCCUGGCUCUGCUCCGCGCUGCUGCUGCUGGCGGCCGUGGCGCCCGAGCCGGGGGGCGCCUGCAGCUGCGCACCCGCGCACCCGCAGCAGCUGCUCUGCGACGCGGCGCUGGCAAUUCGAGCAAAAAUAUCCAGCGAAAAGGUGGUUCCUGCCAGUGAUGAUCCUCUUGAUAGCCACAAAAUGAUCCGGUAUGAAAUCAAACAAAUAAAGAUGUUUAAAGGGUUUGAGAAGCUCAAGGAUGUGCAGUAUGUCUAUACCCCUUUUGAUUCGUCGCUCUGUGGAGUGAAACUAGAAGCUAACAACAAAAAACAGUAUCUUUUGACAGGUCAAAUUUUAAGUGAUGGCAAAGUCCUCAUCCAUUUAUGCAACUACAUUGAACCAUGGGAUGAUUUAUCCUUGUCUCAAAAGAAGAGUCUUAAUCAGAGAUAUCAAAUGGGCUGCGGCUGCAAAAUUACAACCUGCUACAUGGUGCCCUGCUCAAUCACAGCCCCCAACGAGUGCCUGUGGACGGACUGGCUGAUGGAGCGGAGGCUGUACGGGCACCAGGCCAAGCACUACGCCUGCAUCAAGAGGAGCGACGGCACCUGCAGCUGGUACCGGGGUGGCCCUCCCCCCGAGAAAGAGUUCAUCGACAUCAGCGAACCCUAAAUCAUCGCUUCCUAAAAAGCCUUGGAGUCUAAUUCCACCCAACACCGCACGCUCACAGCUUCCAACUGCCAUCGUCUAAUCUACCCGUUGCUUAGAAACAAAACCAAAUUGUCCUGUACAGCUAAAGCACGAGUGCGCGGAGCUGGCGCUGGCGCAGGACGAGGAACAGCCCUCCUGCAGGUAGCUCCUCUGUACAGUUACGCUUUGGACAGAGAGGCACAAGCUGAGAAUGCUCCUCUAUGUCCUCUAAGGCAUAACCAGUGUCCCUUUUCCCAAUAGGAAUGUACGAGAGCAAAAGAAUUGCCAGAGUUUUGUCCCCUAUUUGUGUUAACCUGCAGAUUAAGAGAGCCCCGUGUUUUAUUCCAGAUCUUCCUGAUGAACUACAAAAUGUUUUAUAGAACUGUUUUUUUUUCUAUAUGAAAGUCUUCUGAUACAAAAGAAUUAUUGUACAGUGUAUUUGUAAAGUAUUACGACAACGUGCUAUAUAAAAAAAAAAAAAGAUUCAAAAAAUCCCUGUUUCUCCUUAUCUGUUGAAACGAGUUGAACACUUCCGUGAUGGAACAAUCUGUGCUCCAUAUUCUGUACAUUACUCGUGUCGUAGUUUUGUUAGCUACAGAGUUGUAACUUUCAUUGAUAAUGAAGUUAAGAACCAGCCUUGAUAAUCAAAAUCCUCUUCCCCAGUUAUCCCCUCCGGCCUAGCUGUGCCUUGUUGAAGGAGAAGGCAGAUGCUGUAAUGCUUCAGCAUUUAAUGGAAGCAGCAGCAAUACUGCCAGGCUAAACCUGCUUCUGUUAGAGCUCCACGGCCAUCCUCGCGGCAGCGGCAGUACUGGUAGCGCCUCUGAACGCCUGGGGAGGUCGUUGUGUCCAGCGCUGUUGAAAGCCUUGGCUUAAGAAACUCUUGUAAAAAUACAUGCAAUAGACACUGAGUAACUUGCGCUGCAAGUCAUUUCUAAAAAGCUCUCCACUAUUUGAACACAUAUAUUAGUUUAAAUUUACAUUUCAUCAAUACCUGUUGUACUCUGUCGUAAUGAAUUCAGCAACUCAUGAACUUAUACUAGGCAAGUGUCACAACUUAUUUUGCCUUUUAGUUUUUUAGUGUCUUCUGUGAAUUGAUUACUGUAGUUAGUAACUAAUCUCCCGCAUAUUUAAGUUUACAAAAGUAACUCAAUUCACAGUGGUAAAACUGCAAAAUUAUUUCCGUAAAUGCCAAAGUUUAGACAGACGUCCAGCUGCUCAUGUUCUAGAAACUGGAGGAGAACCAUCACGCAGGAGAUGAACCUGUAGUUGCUGCCAUUUCUGACUUACUUUACUCUCCAAUUUUCUUGAUUUGGUGUCUUUCACAUGAAGAUUUAGAAGAGGUGGCAGAGAUUUGGGCAGCCUCGUUCUUUUGACGAGAUCUGUCAAGUUGAAGGUUUCACACCAACGCGUUUCUGGCUCCUGCUCAGCACAGUGUGACGUUUCCCUCGGGAACCAGCGCUGGUACGUGGGUCCAUGGAUCGGCCCAAGGGCCCAGCUUUCCCCAUGGUUCCUGUACAUUGAGUCCUUAUAAAAUCAGCAGCACGUGAACUGGCAAAGAUCUGUAGAUCUUUAAGAGUCCAGGCAUCAGGAAUUCCAUUCAAUUCAAUGAAGUGGUAGUUUGGACAUAAAAUUCACCAUGUCCCAUUUAGAAAUGAUUUUUGUAACAUGUUUUGUUUGUGAUUCUAAUGUUUAUUUUGACAAUUGCACGAAUCCAUAUUUAAAGGACAGACAAUGGCAGCUUUGAAAACACUCUUGUGAGAAUGAAUAUUCUUUGUGCCUCUUUUUCUUUUCGUGGCUAAGCUUACACAAUACCAAGAAGCGCAAAUGGCACAAGGCCAACAGGAAGGCAUGCCGUUAGUCAUUCGAGGAAUAUAGAGAUAUAUAUAUACAUAUAUAUAUAUUUAUUUAUAUCCACUGUAAAUCAGUUUUCCUGAUUGACACCACAUAUUCGUGUUGCCAAAUGUAAAGCCUGGCUCAUUUUCUGCUUUGCUGAAGACAAAGAAAAAAUUACCCAGCAAUAAUCUGGACCACAGACUUAUUAUGCCUACUUAGACCAAUGAAAUCAGAAACUACAUCUCUUGCAAAAAGGAAUUGAUACUGCAGAGCCAAUAUUGCCAGUGCUACUGACUGUCAGUGCAGUGCAUUUGUAUCAGUACUUUACAGAAAGACUUAGACCCCAGGCCCCGUUUCCUGGUGUCAAACCAAACCCGCUCGUGGAGCAGCCUGCGGGAGCUCCCACCCACACCACUGAGCACGCGGCCAGUGCUGUUCAACCCACGGACACUGCAGUGUUUGUUUCCAAAUCCAUUUUGAUGAAAUAGUGCCAUUUGAAUGGCGCGCUGCAGCAGACAGAUAUCUUCUCCUUUUAACUCAACAUAGUUCUGUUUCUAUUUCAGAUUUAUAGUGAGUAGACCUUACACUCAAGUAACUCAGCUCAGAUCGCCUUUUUAUGUUCCUUGUGAAAAUGUUUUCUUUGAUAUUUAUGAACAGACUGUAACACAAAUUGUAUGCCAGAAUUAGCUUAAAAAACCAAUUAUCUUUGACCUGCCAUAAAAUAUCCCGUGUGAGGCGUUUGAAACUGAAGGGCUGUCCGGUUUGGUUUCUUUCUGAGCGCACACCUGGCCAGACUUCACCCAAUGGAUGGUACAAAGAUUGGUUUUCCCCCUCAAUAAAUACGGCAAGUGAAGCUCUACCAAACACUCUCUCAGAAUGAGUUUGUAUUUUCCCUGAGAUUCAGCACUGGUGAACAUCAUGAAAAUGAUUAACUACAACACGGCCUUCAGAAUACGUUAUUUUCCUAUCAAGAUUUUUACCGUAGUGGCCUUGAUCCCUUAUUAACAACAGAUUAUUUUUACAACAUCUUAUUUUUACUUCUUGAAACUGUGUAUGCGUUGUACGAAACAGCAGAAAUACAGCUCAAUUUGAUUUUAAUUUGAAAAUGACUCACGUAACUUAUGAUAAGAGUAGGGAAAAGAACAGAGAAGGGAGACUAAACAGGCGAACAGUGGGAAACGAACCCAAACACCUUGAACAUUGCUGGCUUUUUCUCAAAGCUCGAGUUAAGGUUUUAAUUAAAUCAUCCUACAAUCGUGUUGAAAAAGCCGUGGUGUUUGUUCUUCAUGACAGAGAACACAGGAGGUGGGAAUGCAGUGAAAUAAAGGGAACUAAUUACUGGGGGAAAGGCUGUUGAUAUGACUCAACUAGCAACGUGUUCAAGAAGCCUCGCAGCGUUCUGAAUAGUUUUAAUCAGUCUGAGAUGAAUGUUUCUGUUUCAAAAAGUGUUUCAUUAAAGCAGCUCCGUUUUCACACAAAAGAA